GUUGUUCCAUAUUGGUCAUGUGAUGGUUGUGUUGUUGUACAACGUUGUGGUGUUUUGUCUCCAGAUUGUGGAUCCGGUGGAUUUGUUCUGGAAGUGCGGUCUGGCGAACCCUCACACCACGCACUGUCUGGGCAACGGUCAGAUCAUGAUCAGCUGCAUCGGAGACCCGGCCGGCAACGCCAAAGGCGGAUUUGUCCUGCUGGACGGCGAGACGUUUGAGGUGGUCGGGAACUGGGAGCACUCUGGGGAGGCCGUGAACUUUGGAUACGACUUCUGGUACCAACCCCGACACAACGUGAUGAUCAGCACCGAGUGGGGGGCACCCAAAGCUCUGGCUGGGGGGUUCAACCCCGUACACGUUAGAGAAGGUCUGUACGGGAGCUGCCUCCAUGUCUGGGACUGGACCUCCCACAGGAAGCUGCAGACUCUGGACCUGGGGGAGGACGGGGCGAUCCCCCUCGAGGUUCGAUUCCUCCACGACCCCGACGCCCCCCAGGGAUACGUGGGGUGUGCUCUGGGAGGAUCCGUGUUCCGGUUCUACAAAACCCUGGUGAGUAGAUCCAGAUCUAGAUCCAGGUACCUACAAAACCCUG